AUGUCCUCCACCGCGCAUACCAGCCACUCGCCCACCGGCCAUGGUGUGACUAAGCGCAAGUCAGGCUCCGCGGCCUGCGUCCAUUGCCAUCGACGUAAAGUCCGUUGUGACGCACGCGUGGUCGGUUUGCCGUGUUCCAACUGUCGCACCGCGGGAAAGGCGGAUUGCCGCAUCCAUGAGAAAAAGAAACGUUUAGCCGUGCGCUCGAUUCUCGACCCCGUUCCCAUUCGCUGUCGCCCACCCUCAAUUUCUGAACCGUCCCUUAGACCAUUGCCAUCCCAAUCCGCUGGUCAGCCCUCCGCUUUUACAACUACCUUUCGAGGCAUUCAGCCCGAUGUGACGACUCCGGUUACCAACACCGCACCCACCAGCAAUUCUCCCAAAUCUGGCUUUGAAGACGCAACAAAUACCAGUGAUGCGCGCCUUCAUGAUACCUCGCCAAUUUCAGGCAAUCAGGAGUAUGACCGCCAGCCGGACCUUGACCGUUUGGCGGAACAGGAUACAAAUGGAGACUUGGAGAAACGAUUGGUGAAGAUUAUCGAUGAGGAAGAAACUGGCACCCGAGAAAUCCAGAGAGGGGUUCGCGCGAUCUACGUUGGCCAUGAAUUGUCGAACAUGUCCUUCUUGAUUCGCCAGCAACGGGAACAAGAUGACGAUGUGUAUCACUUUGCCGGGAAUGAGAUUCCACGCCGUCAAUUGCGAACUGGCCAUGAUCAACUCCUCAUGGAUGCUUUAACCUUGCCAGAACAAGCUCUUGCCGACGAGCUAGUGCAUGCAUACUUCAGCCACAUCAAUCCUGGUUAUCCCAUCAUCGAGGAGGAUCAUUUCAUGACGCAAUAUCGUAACCGGGACCCCGCCGAUCCGCCGCCGGUUUUGCUUCUUCAGACUAUAUUGUUAGUUGGAGCCCAUGUGACUCGACCUAAGCCAGAGCGGGAUGUUCUCAAAGAGAUCUUCUUUCGCCGCGCCAAAUGGUUGUUUGAUAGCCGGAUUGAACGGAAUCGCGAUAUCAUGGUCCAAGCAGCCCUACUGUUGACCUGGCAUUCGGAUAGCGCCGAUGACGAUGUAGCUGCCAACGCGCACUACUGGGUCGGAGUCGCGGCGAGGAUUGCUACGGGUCUCGGAAUGCAUCGUAACCCCGUCUCUAGCAGCUUUGUAUCCCGAGAUCGCCGCAUGUGGCGGAGAUUAUGGUACAUCCUGGUCCAGUUUGACGUGAUGGUUUCUCUUUCCUAUGGCCGACCUCAAGCCAUCAACCUUGAGGAUUCGGAUGUCUCCCCAUUGACUCAUUCUGAUUUUGAAGGAUGCGGAUCCCGAGUGCAAUCGGAAUACGUGAUUCAUUUCUCGGAGCUCUGUACAAUGAUUUCAUACAUUGUUCGCGAACGGUUUGGCCUGCGAGUCAGUGCCGAACGUCGCAAGGCUGCACUACAAGAAGCCGACGAAGCGUUGGCGAACUGGUCUCUCAAGCUACCAGACAACCUACGCCUGCGAGCAUCAGAUAUGGACCCUUGGUCUGCUAUGCUACAUCUUACAUACAAUAAUUUUCUUAUACUUCUUCAUCGACCGCACCCAAGGGCAUCUGCGUACUCCGACGACUAUGGUCCGCAUGAUGCUGAGAUUUGCAGCGCGGCCGCCGGAGUGAUUGCUUCUAUCUUUGAGGAACUCCGUCUGAAUGAUCGGCUGAAGUUCCUGUGGUACUCUGGAGUCCAUACUCUUUUCACGGCCAUGAUCCAAGUGCGCGUGGAGCUGCGGUUCUCUAAUCCGGUCCUGGCGAUCAAUGCGCUGCGUCGCUUCGACUCGGCGUCUUACUCGCUCCGCGAGCUGGCCUCGUACUGGUCGCAUGCCAAUACUAUCCUCCGUCUUUUUGAGGAUUCUCGGCGUCUCCAGGAGGACUUGCGGGUAGCGACUAGCCAGCGACCCGGGCGCUUCAAUAGCAUCCCCAAAAACGACAUUCAAAACCCGCCCGCUCCAAAUCCUAUUAUACCACCCUCUCAACCGGACACGACACUACCGUAUGAAGUCCCGACUCCGGAAUCGCCACACUUACCCACCUCCACUAUCAGUCCGAGUCAGAAUCAACCAUUUGAUAAUUGGAUCCCCAGUAAUCUGGUAUCUGUGGACCCAUUAGAUCAACCGCGGGAGCUACUGGAUUGGCGACAGCUAUUUUCCUUCACCGAUCCAGAACAGGCCGUUCUUCCCAUGGCCAUGGAGGGGUUGCCAGAAUUGGAAGACGAAUGGCGCCAAAUCUACUGGCAGGACACGCCCAUGUCUGAUCUCCUCCAGGAUGGGGGAUGGAUGCAUGGGUAG